AUGAACAUCCUCGACGUGAUCCGGGGCGGUGCCACCGACGCCCACGUGCGCGGCGGGUCGCCCAAGCUCGGGCCCGUCAUGCGGUCACUCUCGUGGCGCGACAAGUACAUCAACCAGGCCGAGUUCGCCGUGCCCCUGAACGGCGCGCGGACGCUGCGCAUCAAGCAGCUACCGAACGGCGAGACAACGGGCCUCGGGACCGGGCUCACGGUCUGGCCGGCCGCGGUCGUGCUCCUCCAGUACCUCGUGCAUCGGUAUGGGCACCUCGGCUGCAAGCGCGUCGUCGAGCUAGGCUGCGGCACGGGCGCCGUGGGGCUGGCGGCCGCCAUGCUCGGUGGCCGCGUCGUCUUGACGGACCAGGCCCAAGUGCAGUUUCUCAUGCGCGAGAACGCGGCUUUGAACAACGUGUCGGUCGAGCUCUGCGAGUACGACUGGGGAAAGCCGCUCGUCGGGCCGCUCGCGACGCCGGUCGACCUCGUGCUCAUUUCCGACUGCAUCUUGCCCAAGCUGUACCCGAUCGAACCGCUCGUAUCGGCCAUCGACCUCCUCUGCGGCCCGUGGACGCGCGUCCUCAUCUCGUUCGAGUACCGGUACUUUCCCGCGUUCGACCCCAAGGCGCGCUUCUGCGCCCUCCUCGAUACUGUUGGUCUUGAGCUACGCACGAUCCCGCUCACGGAGCAGCACCCGAGCUACCAUGUCGAGGACAUUGAGCUAUGGGAGAUUGCGCGCAUGCGUUCUCGUCGUCGCCCGAUCUUGGAGACGAGAGACGCGUAG